CGAUACCUUUGCAGCUGGCGAACAUAUGUUCGGGGAAGACGCCACCUGCGAACCUGCGAAAUUAUGAGUAAUAAGCGAGAAUCUUGCCAAAUAACACAACAACAAAAGCCACGACAAUAAGCGAGGACAGCGGAAAGCGAGGAGCACCUGGCACGAAGGCAAUAAACUGGAGGAAUCGGAAAACCAGCAAGGGAAGCCAUGUCGAAGGCGGUGAACAACAUGAGCAUGGGAGUCGUGGAGCCCACGGAGCGGAUGAAGCACCUUUCGCACUGUGGGAACCAAAUCGAGGUGGACAAGAACUUGCCAGUUACGCGCUAUUACCGCUCCGGCACCGAGAUGCUGCGCAUGGCGAACGUUUACCUGCGGGAGGGCAACCACGAGAAUGCCUUCAUCCUGUAUUUGCGCUACAUGACCCUCUUUAUCGAGAAGAUCCGCCAGCAUCCGGACUACGGCAGCGUCAAGGCCGAGGUGCGUGACAUUAACAAGAAGAUCAAGGACGAGAUCAUGCCCACAACGGAAAAGCUGCGUGCCAAGCUCCUCACACACUACCAGCGGGAGUACGAGCAGUUCCUGGCUAGCAAGGAGGCGGAGCGUGUGCGUGAACUGGAGCGGGAACGGGAGCGAGAACGACAGCGUCAGAGGGAACGAGAGCAGGCCGCCGGUGUACCCUCUUUGAUUCCAGCCAACCUGCAUGUGCUUAUUGACGAGAGCAACCAGCCAACGGCACCGGAUCUGGGUUUGCUGGAUCAGGUGGUCUAUCCCAAUGACUUCCCCACGGCCGCCAAUAGGAGUCUGCCGGGUUCGGGGCUCCUGCUGCCAGCUGCCAACCACGAUGCAGUUGCCGAUAAGACAGCCAACUCCAAGCCCAGCUUCGAUCGAAACCAAAAGCCGGCUUAUAACCGCACGGACUCACUGCUGGCGGGUUCUUUACGUCUCGUCCACGUGCCUGGGGAUACAAUGGAGGUGUUCCUGAAGCUGGCCCUAGCCAAUACCUCCAAAAACAUUGAGACUUGCGGCGUGCUGGCAGGUCAUCUGUCCCAGAACCAGUUGUACAUCACACACAUCAUCACGCCGCAGCAGCAGGGAACUCCGGACAGCUGCAAUACGAUGCAUGAGGAGCAGAUAUUCGAUGUUCAGGAUCAGAUGCAACUGAUUACUCUGGGAUGGAUACAUACCCAUCCCACCCAGACUGCAUUUUUGUCCUCCGUCGACCUGCACACGCAUUGUUCCUACCAGAUGAUGAUGCCCGAGGCCCUGGCCAUUGUGUGCGCCCCCAAGUACAACACCACUGGUUUCUUUAUACUUACCCCUCACUAUGGCCUGGAUUACAUUGCCCAAUGCCGGCAGUCGGGCUUUCAUCCGCAUCCGAAUGACCCGCCGCUGUUCAUGGAGGCGCAGCACAUCCGAAUGGAUGGGCAGGCCAAGAUCAAGGUCAUCGAUCUGCGCAGAUAGUCAGCGGAUGGCUGUCCAAACAGUGAUGUAACCAAGGAAAUUACAGAGAUUUAAUAGGGCGACAGAGAGAGAAAGAUAAACUAUUUUCGGCAGAGAGUUGUAUUUUUGCAAGCAGUUGAUCCGAGCUGAUCGUCUACACGUCACUUUAUUAGCACUCGGCGGCAUUUGUUGUUAUUUAUUGCGUUUCGGUCUAUCCGUUCUUUUGCAUUCUUUCACCUAAAAGGACCCAAUGUGAUUUUCAAUUGUGGCUUACCGUUGCGUUCGUUACUAUCUAAAUAUAUUUAAUAUGUUAGGCACACACACACCAAACACACUCACUCGGACACAGGCACUUACACCUACAUAUGCGCAGCUUACAGUGCAAACUAUACGGAAUGCUCUCUGAAAAGCGAGCAUUUUCAUCUACGGCUUACUACUUGCAAUAACCUGUUGUUCAAAGACAAGAAUCAUCAUUGAAAAGCUAUUAUUAAAACUGUGUGCAUGCUUACCUAUUGUACUAAACCGAAUAAAUAUUUAUGACUAA